AUUUCGUAUAUUCAACCGACAGACAACGCAUACAACCAAUAAUAAAAACAGAUUUCGAUGGAAGAACUGAUCCACACAUUCGAGACGAAUCGUCAUGGCAUUGUUGACCAAAUACUUAAUUACGUGAGUGACGAAAGCGGUCUGCCCCAAUCGAUAUUCGUUUACGGUGCCAGUGGAACCGGUAAAACCAAAGUAAUAACGUCGUUAAUUCGUCAUUCCAUCCAGAAUGCAAUUGUUGUGAAUUGCAAUGAGUGCUUCUCCUCAAAGCUUCUGUUCGAGACGAUUCUGAAUGGGGUUUUCGACCACAAACCAUCGUCGGAAAACCAGUACUCACCGUACGCUAAAUGCAACAGUGCAAGGGAUUUUUUCGAUGAACUGGAACAUUGUGAUCCAUCCGAAUCGUAUGUGAUUGUGAUUGAUGCGGCUGAGAUGCUGUCGAAAAUGGAACACAAUAUUUUGCCGAUAUUCAUGCGGAUGCAGGAGUUGAGCGAUUUGAAUGUGUGCUGUGUUCUCAUUUCUACGCUGCACAUUGAUUUGAUGACUCCGAAGGACGGUCUUGAAAACACGAUUGUGAUCUACUGGCCGCAGUACACGCAGAAGGAGAUCUUUAACAUUAUGCUGGACAAAUUCGACGAUUACAAGGCAUUUGUGAAGAAGAAAUUGGUGGUGACGGAUGGCGACACGGUUUCCGAUUCAGAGGCCUUAGUCGAGGCGAUGGACGUGAAUUUCUUCGAGAGUUUUUUGCAUCUGUUCCUGAACGUAACGCUUCGAUCGUGCCGCAACAUUCGAGAAUUGUUGCUGACCAGCCGUGACUGUUUCCAGAAGUAUUGUGAACCGAUUGUAAAACAGAAUGUGGCCAUGACGGACAUCCAAAAACUGUAUCGCAACAUAUCGGAUGUGCUGAAAAAUUCGACGAAGAAAACCUUUGAUUCGAUCGAAGAUUCAAAUCAGGUUACAUCGGACCUUGGCUCAACAAAGAUGCAACAAUUGGAGCUGCCAUUUUACGCAAAGUAUCUUCUCAUAGCUGCCUUUUUAGCCAGCCACAAUGAUGCCAAAUUGGACAAGCGAUUGUUUAUGAAAAACCAUGGCAAGCAACGCAAACGAUUGCAAGACAUUAAAUCAAAGGCCGUGGUGAACGAGAAACUGUCAACGCAACUGGGACCCAAAUCGUUCAAUCUCGACCGAUUGUUUGCCAUCUUUUACGCAAUCAUCGACGAGAAAAUCAACCUGAAUUGCAAUCUAAUGUCACAAAUACCCAGUUUGGUUCGGCUAAAACUUCUCACAUAUGUGUCGGGCGAAAACAAUGUUAUGGACGGCAAUGCUCGCCAUCAAUGCACCGUUGGGUUGGAGCUUAUCACACAGAUCGGUAAAACGGUGGGAUUUAAUGUGCCCCAGCAUCUGUGUGAUUUUAUGUAACUGCGGACGUAGAUCUGAGACCCACAAGACUUCCUUCACUUCAUUCAAUUGAAUAUUUAUUGUUUUACCAAUUAAAAGGCGUGACAUUACCGAAUUUG